GCGGCCAGAGAAGGACCAUGAUCCGGGUGCGGUGUCUGCGCGGAGGUAGCAGAGGUGCCGAGUCCGCCCACUUCUUAGGAGCCAUGAUUGGCCGAGCCGUUGUGGGAUGGGUGCAGAGAACGUUCCAGAGUACUCAGGCUGCUGCUACAGCCAUCAGCUCUUGUGUUGCAGAAGAUGAUGCCAAGGACAAAACUGCGGAUUCACUGGGUGAAGAUUGUCCAGUCAACUCCUACAAUGAGUGGGACACCCUGGAAGAAGUGAUUGUGGGCCGGGCAGAGAAUGCGUGUGUGCCUCCUUUCACUGUGGAGGUGAAGGCCAAUACCUAUGAGAAGUAUUGGCCCUUUUACCAGCAGUACGGAGGCCAGAGAUUUCCUAAGGAGCACAUGAAGAAAGCUGUUAACGAAAUUGAAGAAAUGUGUAACAUUCUCCGUGGUGAGGGAGUGAUUGUCAGGCGCCCUGAGAUCAUUGACUGGUCCCAGAAUUACAAGACACCAGACUUUGAAUCCACAGGAAUGUAUGCUGCCAUGCCCAGGGACAUCCUGCUGGUGGUGGGUAAUGAAAUCAUUGAGGCACCAAUGGCCUGGAGAGCUCGUUUCUUUGAGUACAGGGCAUAUCGCCCUAUCAUUAAGGACUACUUUCUCCGUGGAGCCAAGUGGACAACUGCCCCCAAGCCACAAAUGUCAGAUGAACUGUAUAACCUGGAAUACCCCAUUCUUUCCGUGGAAGACAGACACAAGUUGGCUGCUGAAGGGAAAUUCGUCACCACCGAGUUUGAACCAUGCUUUGAUGCUGCUGACUUCAUAAGAGCUGGGAAGGAUAUAUUUGUACAGAGGAGCCAGGUGACUAAUUUCCUAGGGAUUGAGUGGAUGCGGAGACACCUCACUCCAACGUACAGGGUUCACACCAUUUCCUUCAGGGAUCCAAACCCUAUGCAUAUUGAUGCCACUUUCAACAUAAUUGGGCCUGGUUUGGUCCUGUCAAACCCAGACCGACCCUGUCAUCAGAUUGAUAUCUUCAAAAAAGCUGGCUGGACUAUCAUCUCCCCCCCUACUCCUCUGAUCUCGGAUGAUCACCCCCUGUGGAUGUCUUCCAAGUGGCUGUCCAUGAAUGUUCUGAUGCUGGAUGAGAAGCGAGUGAUGAUCGAAAAGAAUGAAACUACAACUCAAAAGAUGUUUGAGAAACUAGGAAUUGCCACAAUUAAAGUCGACAUCCGGAAUGCCAAUUCUUUGGGCGGAGGCUUUCAUUGCUGGACAUGUGACAUCCGUCGCUGUGGCACCCUCCAAUCGUAUUUUGACUGAGUAUUGUCAGGAGUCUCUCUUUUAGUAAUUUAAAAGGCUAUUGGAAUGUUGGUCUUCAUCUCAAGGGACUAGAACACUAAGUGGUGACAUGACAAUGAUAAUUGUAAUUAAUUUCUAUUCAAUUGGAGGAUAAAUUCUUUUGGUAAGGUUAGCUGCAAAUUCACCUGGUCCUUUCAUCUGGACUGGUUCACCAGGGUCAAUUCACCAGGACUGAACAUAUCUGAAUCAUGAAGACAGGAGUUAGAGUCCAUUCAGCCCUCUGUAUCUUUGCUGAUCCACCUUCUUCCCAUGGCCUAGUUCUCUCCAGCACCCCUCGAUUUCUUGUUGGAAGCGCUGAUUCUACAGCCUUUGCUCAAGGUGUUGACUGUAUCCCCAGGUUCCUGACCCGUCUGCUAACCUACUAACUUGGUGUUAUUCUGUGUAUCAUUCGUGUCCCUCCUUUCCCUUUAAUAUCUAAAGUCUAAAGUCCACCGCAUUGCCUGAUUCCAGUGCCACUCUGAGUAACUCAUUGUAAAUGUCCAGAAACUUGCCCCUCACACCAUCUUUAAAUAUCUCCCCACUAACCUUAAAGGCAUGUCCUCUGGUGUUCGACAUUUCUACUGUGGGGUAAAGAUUCUGACCUACCUAUGCCUAUUAUAACCUAAAAAAAUUCUACCGUCCCUCUUAGUCUCCAGAACUCUAGGGAGGACGACCCAAAUUUGUCCAAUCUCUCCAUUCUUCAUACCCUAUAAUCCAGGCAGCAGCCUGAUGAACCUCUUCUGCAUCCUCUCCAGAGUGUCCACAUCCUUCCUAUAGUGUGGUGACCAGAAAUACAGGCAAAAUCCCAAGUGUGGUUGGACUAAAGUUUUAUACAGCUGCAGUAUGACUUGCUUACUCUACUAAUGAAGAUAAGCAUGCCAUAUGCCUUUUUUACCACCAUUUACUUAGCCCUUAGGGUGAACUAUAGAACUGGACAUCAAGAUCCCUCUGUAUGACAAUGCUACUAAAGGGUCCACAUUAACUGUACAUGUCCUCCUUUCAUUUGACACCCCAACGUGCAACACUUCACACUUGCCUGGAUUAAACUAUACCUGCUACUUCUCUAAUAGUAUAUGUAACUGAUCUAUAUCCUAAGUAUUCUUUGAGUCUAUUGUCCACAACUCCACCAAUCUUGGUGUCAUCCACAAGCUUGCAGAUCCUCCAUCAAUAUUUUCAUCCAGAUCAUUGAUAAAUAUCACAAACAACUGAUCUUUGUGGAACACCACUGGUCACAGACCUCCUGCCAGAACAGCAGCCUUCCAGCUCUGCACUCUGUUCUUCUUUGGACAAGCCAGUUCACCCUGAAUCCCAUGUAUCUUCUGAUGCAAUCUAGCACAAGGCACCUUGUCAAAUGCCUCAUGUCCAUGUAGACAAUGUAAACUGCUUUGCCCUUGUUCAGAACCUUUGUCACCUUCACAAAAAACUAAUCAAGUUUGUAAGGCAUAACCUAACCUAUGCAAAGCAAUGCCUUUCCAAAUGCACAUAAAUCCUAUAUUUCAGUAUCCUCUCCAUAUCUUCCCUAUCACUGACGUGAGGUUUACUGCCCUAUAGUUACGUGGAUUAUAUCUAUUUCCUUUCUUGGGCACUACAUUUGUCACUCUCCAGUCCUCUGGGACCUCACCUAUUGUUAGUGAAGACACUAAGAUCUUUGUCAAAGCCCCAGCAAUCUCUUCACUUGCUUCUUGCAAUAUUCUGGGAUAUACGGCAUCAAGCCCUGGGGACUUCCUUCCUUCCUUCUUCUUGUUUUACGGCAGUUGACACCCAGCUUAAUGGUGCAUUACCGCCACCUCCUGCUCCAGAGUGUGGAUCAGAUGAUAGACUUACAUUCUAAAUCCCUUAAUUAAUUAUAUAUAAUUAAUUCUCAUCAUCUGGGGACUUAUCUACCUUAAUGCUCUGAGAUGACCCAGCACUACCUUUUCCUUAAUCUCCAAAUGUCCCAGCACCUGAACACGUCCCACUCUGCCUUCAUUACCCUCCAAAUCCUUCCCCUCAGUAAAUACUGACACAAAGUACUCAUUUAAUACCCGAGCCAUUUGCUCUGCCUCCCCAGACAAAUUCCCUCCUUUAUCCGUACAUAGACCUAACCUGUCCUUAGUUAUCCUCUUUUUUUGAUGUAUAAAAUACCCUGUAAUUCUCCUUGAUCCUGCUUACAAGGACAUUUCAUGGUCACCUUUGGUCUUCCUAAUCACCUGCUUCAGCACCUUCCUGCUCUCUACCCUCAGGGAUCUGUUCUGGGACCGUUACUCUUCGUAAUUUUUAUAAACAACCUGGGUGAGGAAGUGGAGAGAUGUGUUAGUAAAUUUGCUGAUGACACAAAGGUUGGAGGUGUUAUGGAUAGUGUGGAGAGCUGUCAGAGGUUACAGCAGGACAUUGAUAGGAUGCAAAAUAGGCUGAGAAGUGGCAGAUGGAGUUCAACCCAGAUAAAUGUGAAGUGAUUCAUUUUGGUAGGUCAAAUAUGAUGGCAGAAUAUAGUAUUAAUGGUAAGACUCUUGGCAGUGUGGAGGAUCAGAGGGAUCUUGGGGUCCGAGUUCAUAGGACACUCAAGGCAGCAGCACAGGUUGACUCUGUGGUUAAGAAGGAAUACAGUGUAUUGGCCUUCAUCAAUUGUGGAAUUAAAUUUAGGAGCCGAGAGGUAAUGUUGCAGCUAUAUUGGACCCUGGUCAGACCCCACUUGGAGUACUGUGCUCAGUUCCGGUCACCUCACUACAGGAAGGAUGUGGAAGCCAUAGAAAGGGUGCAGAGGAGAUUUAUAAGGAUGUUGCCUGGAUUGGGGAGCAUGCUUUAUGAAAACAGGUUGAGUGAACUUGGGCUUUACUCCUUGGAGCAACAGAAGAUGAGAGGUGACCUGAUAGAGGUGUACAAGAUGAUGAGAGGCAUUGAUCGUGUGGAUAGUCAGAGGAUUUUUCACAGGGCUGAAAUGGUUGCCACAAGAGGACACAGGUUUAAGGUGCUGGGGAGUAGGUACAGAGGAGAUGUCAGGGGUAAGUUUUUUACGCAGAGAGUGGUGAGAGCGUGGAAUGGACUGCCAGUGAUGGUGGUGGAGACAGAUACGAUAGGGCCUUUUAAAAAACUUUUGGAUAGGUACAUGGAGCUUAGAAAAAUAGAGGGCUAUAGGUAAACCUAGUAAUUUCUAAGGUAGGGGCAUGUUCGGCAUAACUUUGUGGGCCAAAGGGCCUGUAUUGUGCUGUAGGUUUUCUGUGUUUCUGUAUUUCUUUAUAUUCCACAAGGGCCCAGUCUGAUUUCUGCUUCCCAAAUCUUACGUAUACUUCCAUUUCCUUCCUGAUUAAAUUCAGGCCUCUUGAGUCAUUCAAGGUUCCCAUGCCUUACCAUAGUAGCUGUUCCUUAUUAACACCACUUAGCUCGUAUAUUAUCCUGUCAUAAUUUGUCCUUCACCAAUUUAGUACCUUCCUGCAAGAUCCAAUUUUAUUCUUGCUCAUAACUAUUUCAAAACAUAAUGAGUUGUGGUUACUCUUCCCAGAAUAUUCACUCACCAUCAGGUCUGUCACCCAGCGUGGCUCAUUUCCCAAAGCCAGGUUCAGUGUGUUCUCUCCUCCAGAUGGAUUUUCUACAUAUUGUUUCAAGAACCUUUAUUAUUUACCAUUUCUUCACAGUUAUGAAUAUUUUAUUAAACUUUCUUCAUGGCCCUGAAGAAAGAACCCUCUCCACUGAAACAGAGUUUAUCUUGACUGGGAUUCAUUGUGUUUCCAUGACAACCCAUUCAAACCAUGAUGUCUGGUCUGGCUACUGGAUUCCCAGCGAAAGAUUGACCUAAAUUACAAAAUACGAUUCAGAGAACCCCUGCUUGCUUUUGUAUUCCUUGCCUCAAUUUAUAAAGACCAGGAUUCCAAAUGCCUUUUUAGUAACCUUCUCAACACAACAUAGCCUGACUCCUUCAGAAAUGUGUUCCUUUGUUCUGACAACCUCUUUUCUAUUGCCUCUCUCCUCAAAAUAAUGCUGAGUUUGAGAACAAAGUGAAAUUUUCAAAAUUGCGAUGGAUAAUUUUUUUUUGUUGGACAAGAUUAUUGAAGCUUGUGGAAUAAAGGUGGGUAGAUCAGCCAUGAUUAUUCAAAUGUUUGAACCUCAUGGAGCAGGAAGGCACUUGUUCUUGCUACAGCCCAAGUCUGAAUGUAGGCUGGGUUGACUUUGGUCAAACAUGUGCAUGAACUGUAGUGUGUAUUUGAUCAGCAAUCCCUGUCCAAAGCUGCUUUUUAUCACUCUCUUUCCAGGAGAGGUGUUCGUAUUCCCUUGUAAUCUGCAACAAAAGUCCUCUGGCCGACUUACAAACAUUUCCUCUUCAUAAAUAACUAUGGCUUCUCAGUUGUUCUUGAGGGUCAUGGGUUAUUAAAGUUUAUGUGAAACUGUUCUUGGUUUUCACUUGUACUAUUGUCAUUCUCAGGUACGGAAUUUUGGCAAGUUGCUCCGCUGGAUUCCAACAUUUUUAAUUAAAUUGAGGACCAUGUUUGUAUUUGAUGUAGGAACUGGCAGAUUUGCAAUGCUCAUUUUAAAAUCUUGUUUGAAAUUUCAUUUGGCAGCUGAACACAGUAAGGCAAAUGAUUGGGCAUGGACCAGUUUCACAAAAUGUCUGUCUGUCACCUCCUGGUGUGGAGUCCCAGCUCUUCCUGAAAGGCGGAGCCACACUCAGGCCCCAAUUACUUUAGGCAGAUCACCACUUGGUCGAACAUCCCAAAGAAAUAUUGCUUCACACCAGUUGGAGAGAUUCAUUACAGAGUACACCCCUUCCACUCCCAACCCCCAGGGAAUUUUCCAUUCCCAUUAAAAUGCAGAGAGUCCAGGAUAAAACAGAAAACUUUCAAAAGACAACUCAGUCGGUCAGGCAGUAUCUGUCAAGGUAGAAACAAAAUGACAGAAGUGAGAUGUUAGCUGUUACUUACUUCCUUCACAGUUACUGUCUGAUUGACUGACAGAUUGGUUUUCGAUAACCACUUCCAGGAUGAUUUCUGUUACUGGGAAACUCACUGGUGGGUGGGCGCCCCGUAUUCUGAUACAGAGUUCACACUGGUGAGCUGCGUCAGUCUCCCUGUGCAGCAGAGGAACUGGGACUAGGGCUAUUGAUACUGCAGGGUUAGGGUUAGGAUAACCCUAAUAGGUUAACCCUAAUGCAGCUGGUGCAAAUGGCGGCCACUUGCCUUGUGCCUGUCAGACUGCUGCAUCUCCCCCACCAACUUGCCUGCCUGCUGCAGAGCUGCUCAAAUCACGGGCCUCUACUCCAGCCACCUUGCAGUCUGCCAUCACCAAAGCCGUUCUCUCCUUUCCUUUUCACCAUUACUUCCCCCAGCCACAGCUCAAACGUGCAAGCCAACACCAAAACAACUUUAGGCUGUAGUAUUCCUGGGCAUGAACUAGUUUUAAUCAAUCUGGAAAUCAAAAGCUACAAAAAAAGCUAUUGGUCAGUGAUUUAUUGCUUGGUGAUUUUUUUUAAGUCACCUUUGGCCCAUCCUUUCUAUGCUGGCUCCUAAUCAGCUUUGUUGACAUCCUCUCAGUGUGAAGUGUUUCAAUUAAGACUGGAACACCCCAUCAUUUGCCUACAUUUCAUUGGUUUUAAGUCUUUCCUUGUUUGUCUUGAAUGCUACGGUUAAUUGAAACGUAACAAGUAUUGCAUGCAGAUUGUUGGACAUUGCCUGAAGUCACUGCUGCCUGAGGAAAUGUGUUGGACUUCAGCUUUGAAAUAAAACAAUGUGAAAGUUAGUUUGUGAAAACUGUUUUCUGAGUGGAUUGAGAAUGUGGAGUUAGAGAAUUCACGCCAUGUUUCCUGAGCAUAGUCCAGCAGAGGGCGCUCCAGCCCAACAGAUGCAACCAGAGGAGGGUGGAGCUUGGCAGAGCAAAACAGGCCCUUUGACCCACCCUGUUCAUGCUGGCUUCUGUCUCCACCUGCUUACAGACGGACAUUCUUCAUCCACCUCCUAUUCCAAGGAGACCACACGUGCAGCCUGUCACAGCUCUGGGAGAGGAAACUCAAUUAGAGCAACUCUUCCCCCAACCCAACAGGCCCCCUGCGGUCCCUGACCUCUCCAUGGUGUCGGUGGACAAGUGUUUCCCAGUUACAUGGGACUGCAUCAUUUGCCAUUCAGAAUUACAAACCUAUUCUGCACACUAUCUGUUUUCCAGAAACAAGCUGAUAGAAGUGAAGGAGGUAAUUGCGAGAUGUAUUUGAUAAUGCCAGGUUUAGUCCAUGGUUUACUUGUGUUUUACUGCAGAUGUUGAAUGAGCAUGCAAAGUAUUUAUAAUUCUUCUUCUUAAUAAAAUGUAUUGAAUGUA